AAAUUCUGCAAGACCCACUUGGCUCUCGCUGACGAUCUUGUCUCUCGGGGUUUUCAUUGCCGCAGGGGAAAAGCAUACCUCUUCAAUAAUGCUGAUCGCUGCAUUGUAGGAAUCCCAAGAUGUUUACGACUCUUUGAUGAUUGAACAGAACUAAACAACUUUGUUAAUUUUCAGACUCACAGGUUUUAGUCAAAUUAUUCUACCUUACAUUUGAAUCUGAUCUGGACCUCAGAUAUUACUUGUAUGUGUCAAUAAUUGUUUCAAGAUAAAUAUAGUUCAUUGGAUAACCUGAAUGACCCUAUCACAUGAAAAUAUGGAAGUGAAGCUUGAUAGGGAUCGGACUCGUCAACUAGCUGUUUUAAUCCAUAUGCUUUUUGCAGUUCAACGCAGGGUGAACCUCAUAGUUGGAGCAUUAGAGGAGAGGAUGAUGCUUUCUGGAUUGCAUACUGUCGCAGAUAUUUUUUGUUGCUGUUGUGGACAGAUUGUUGGCUGGAAAUAUGAAGCUGCACAUGAGAGGAGCCAGAAGUAUAAAGAAGGGAAGUUUGUUCUUGAAAGAGGGAGGAUUGUUGAUGAAAUUGACUUUUCUACUGAAUUCUAUAUCGAUACCCGCCCCAGCGUGUUGAGUGAUGCUGAAGACGUUUAGGAUCCAACGUCAUUUCUUUAAAGAGAUUUAGACAAUUGAGAAGAGACUCACUGCUUAUGUGUAUGAUUAAAUAAUGUUUAAAUAAUGUAAUUGUUGUGAUCCUUGGGUGAUAUAUUUCUUCCUUUA